UCCCUCCAUCCUCCCCCCAGGCUCGGAGCUGGGGCCGGGCGAACACAGGCAGAGUUGCGUCCGCUGCCGCCAUGGCCCAGCCCGGGAGACCCCCCGCCGCCUCCGGGCACAGCAGCCAGAACGGGGCUGGAGGGGAACGCUACAGCAACGGUCCUGUGCAAAACUCACUGAUGCAUUCAUCACAAAUGUUAGAUGGCCAAGGAUUCAGCUCUACAGUUCCAGGAUUAUACUCGCAUCAGAUACCAACAAAGGUUCCUGUACAUCCAUCUUCUGGACAAUAUAACUUUGGUGGUUCUCAGAAUGUUUCUCCAUUAAGUAAUCAGGGAUCUGGGCAGACUCUUAAUAGACCACCUGUGGGACCUAUUUCUAUGGCACCUUUGCAACAUGCAAGUUCUGUUCCCCAGAUGCUCCCUCCAUCACAAAACUCUGCUGCUAUACCAUCAUCUUCUAGUAGCUUCGUUCCUGGAGCUUAUCCCCCAGCACUUUCAAACUGGCAGUAUGGUCAGACUCCUAUGAGUCAGCCAACUGGGUCUCAAACAAACCAUUUUGCUCAUGUAGCAGGAACAUUAUCAACCCAGCCAUUAUCAUCAUCAGGGAGCACAAAUCCUGCAACAAGCUAUCAGUAUACUGUUUCCCCUGGAGGUCCUCCACUUCAAAACAGCUACAUGAAACCAGGCUCUGUUCCUCCACCAGUGAAUCGGCCUUUAGCUUCAGCAUUCCCUCCUUCUAGACCUCCUCUAGGACCGCCUCCGGCUGGAGGUCCACCUUUAGUGAGGCCAUCGGCAACCCCAGUAGGACCGCCUAACAGCUCUCUACCCCAACCUCUGCUAAAUUCAGCUACAAACCAAGAAGCAGGUGAUGCAACAGCCGCUGCCAGUGAUGGAUCUUUGGUCCAAAACAGUUACGAUGCAAUAGAAGGAGGAGGCUUCAUGGCAACCACGUAUCCAUCUCCUGCUCCCCAGAAUCUUAAAAUGGGUAGAAAUGUUGGGUAUUCUUAUCCCACCUUACCACCAGGCUACCAGAAUUCAUCUUCACCUGGAGCACCAGGAAUGCAGUCCUCACCCCUGCAAUAUCCAGCUGGACCACAACCAUUUCCUCAGCCUGUCUUGGGCACUAAUCACAUAACUGGGUCUAUGGGUGGCCUGAGUUUGCAACCAGAAGGAUUAAGAUCUAUCAACCUUCUUCAAGAAAGAAAUAUUCUUCCUACAACACCUUUGCAGGCUCCUGUCCCAAACUUGCAUGAAGAAAUCCAGAAGCUCAACUGUAAUCCAGAGUUGUUCCGAUGUACCCUGACUAACAUUCCUCAAACUCAGGCCUUAUUGAAUAAAGCCAAACUUCCUUUGGGACUCCUGCUUCAUCCUUUCAAAGACCUAUCGCAAUUACCUGUGGUCACCUCCAGUACAAUUGUGAGAUGUCGUUCCUGCAGGACAUAUAUUAACCCUUUUGUCAGCUUUCUAGACCAAAGGAGAUGGAAGUGCAACUUGUGUUAUAGAGUGAAUGAUGUUCCUGAAGAAUUCAUGUACAAUCCUGUGACAAGAGUAUAUGGAGAACCUCAUAAAAGACCUGAAGUUCAAAAUGCUACUAUUGAGUUCAUGGCUCCCUCCGAAUACAUGCUACGUCCACCUCAACCUCCUGUGUAUCUCUUUGUGUUUGAUGUCUCCCACAAUGCAGUAGAAACAGGAUACUUGAAUACAGUCUGCAAGACCUUAUUAGACAAUCUUGACUUGCUUCCUGGGAACACUAGAACAAAAAUAGGCUUUAUAACAUUUGACAGCACAAUCCAUUUCUACAGUCUUCAGGAAGGUCUCUCUCAGCCUCAGAUGCUAAUAGUUUCAGAUAUUGAAGAUGUGUUUAUACCAAUGCCAGAGAACUUAUUAGUAAACUUAAAUGAAAACAAAGAGCUAAUUCAAGAUUUACUGAGGACCUUGCCACAGAUGUUUACCAAAUCCCUGGAAACACAGAGUGCUCUAGGACCUGCGCUGCAGGCCGCCUUCAAACUGAUGUCUCCCACUGGUGGUCGAAUUUCAGUCUUCCAGACACAGCUUCCAUCUGUAGGAGUGGGAUCACUGAAAUCCCGAGAAGAACCUAACCAAAGAGCAUCUGCAAAGGACAUACAUCUUACACCAUCCACUGACUUCUAUAAGAAGUUAGCCUUGGACUGUUCAGGGCAGCAGGUUGCAGUUGACUUGUUCCUUCUUAGUGGGCAGUAUUCUGACUUGGCUUCAUUAGGCUGUAUAUCGAGGUAUUCAGCAGGAAGUGUGUAUUACUAUCAAUCUUACCAUCAUCAGCACAACCCUGUCCAGGUGGAGAAAUUACAGAAAGAGCUGAAACGAUACUUAACUAGAAAGAUUGGCUUUGAGGCCGUCAUGAGGAUAAGAUGCACCAAAGGUCUUUCCAUUCAUACCUUCCAUGGGAACUUCUUUGUGCGAUCAACAGACUUGUUGUCUUUACCCAAUGUAAACCCGGAUGCAGGAUAUGCUGUACAAAUGUCAGUAGAGGAAAAUCUCACUGACAUGCCAGUUGUUUCUUUUCAGUCAGCACUACUGUACACAUCCAGCAAAGGUGAAAGAAGGAUUCGAGUCCACACUAUGUGUUUACCUGUUGUUACAACUCUGAAUGAUGUCUAUCUGGGGGCUGACGUACAAGCUAUUACAGGGUUAUUAGCCAAUAUGGCUGUGGACCGGUCCGUUUCUGCUAGUUUAAGUGAUGCUCGGGAUGCCUUGGUGAAUGCUGUAAUCGAUUCACUAUCAGCUUACCGCUCUUCAGUCCUAAGCAUUCAGCAGCCUGGUCUGAUGGCUCCCUAUUCCCUACGACUCUUUCCACUUCAUGUACUGGCUCUCUUAAAACAAAAAGCAUUCCAGACUGGGACAAAUAUCCGUUUAGAUGAGCGUAUUUUUACUAUGUGUCAAGUGAAAAACCAGCCCCUAAUUUUCCUCAUGCUUAUGACCCAUCCCAAUCUGUACAGAGUUGACAAUCUCACAGAUGAGGGAGCCCUCAACAUCAAUGAUAGAACAAUACCUCAGCCACCCAUUCUCCAGCUGUCCGUGGAGAAGUUGAGUAGGGAUGGUGCUUAUCUUAUGGAUGCUGGCUCUGUAAUGUUUAUGUGGAUUGGAAAGAAUUGUGGACAGAAUUUUAUCAGCCAAGUCCUUGGAGUUCCAAGUUAUGUAUCAAUACCACAGAAUAUGACGCAUCUUCCAGAACUUGAAACAGCUGAAUCUACCAGAACAAUAGCUUUUAUCUCUUGGCUGAGAGAGCAAAGGCCAUUCUUCCCUAUACUGUAUAUAAUAAGGGAUGAAAGUCCACUGAAAUCAAGUUUCCUACAGAACAUGAUAGAAGACAGAACAGAAUCUGCCUUAUCAUACUAUGAGUUCCUCUUGCAUAUACAGCAGCAAGUGAAUAAAUGAACCACUGGGUUGUAUGGCUCGCUUGCUUAACGAAAAUUUCUGCAGUAAAGAACACUUGUGCUUGUAAUAUCUUUUGUUAAGUUUGUGGCCUGGUGCAGUCGAUGAGAAGUUCUCACUGUGAUUUCAACAAAGUAAAGCAAAUAAAGGACCACAACUGAGAAUCAUAUGUGCAACUACAUAAUAUUGUACUUUUAAAAUCAAAAUAUAUUUGAAGAGGUUGGGGAUCUUUAAUUUGCUGCAAAUUAUGCUUUUACUGUAAGCAGUUGCAGCAUGAAGUACAUUUGCAAAGGCAAUAUUGAAGGGGUGAAAUACAUUUUGUAAAAUGGAGUUCUUUGUUCAAAAUGUAUAUUUCUGUAACUUUUAGUUUUGCUUUUUUGGGGGGAGAGGGGAGGGUUGCUGCUAGAUUUAAAACCUCAAUAUGAUUGAGUUGCAGGGAAAUUAUAUUGUCUUAUGAUACAGUAUAUCCACUGAUUAAAGAUUGAACAUUUCUUUUAAAAAAGAGAGCUACCUGGUACACUUAAAGUAGCAAUGAAACAACUCAUUGUGAAAUGAACAAAUGUUUGAAAAAAAAAAUUAUGAAAAUUUUAGAAUGUAACGUUCUAGAAAUGGUUAUGUUGGAUAGGUCUAAAGGUAGCUUAAACUGGCCUAGCUGGAUUGAGAUAGACUGAAGUAAUUUGUUAAAAAGCUUUUAAAUGCAUCAAUAUUCUUGUACCUAAACUGAAAGACAAAGUUGGCAUAGCAUACUGUGUAAACUGAAAACUAUAAUCAAGUGGUCUGGCAGCAAAAAUGGGCUAAGACUGACACUGAGCCUUGUGUUUGUAGUUAAAAAUAAUGAGUUGGUCUUGUCUUAAUAGUUCAUUAAAUGGCAGGAAAGUGGGGGAAAAGAAGGCAAAGCAUAAAACCACCUGAUCCUUUCUGUGCGUUACAUUAGAUUUCUGCUCUAAUAUAGGUUAACUAAAUGUUAGGUCCAUAAAAUGAUUGUUUUGUGAAAUGAGGCUGUGGUAGCAUUUCAUCCUUAAUUUAUCAAUAUAUUUUUGAGACAGCACUGAAUAUUUUGUUUGACAUCUAAAACUGAAUCCAAGCAGACGUAAUAAUUUUGCUCUUGAAAUAAAUGGAAAAAAACAUAUUGGUAGGAAGUGUUUUAUAGUUCAAUGAAUAUAUUUAAAGUUCUCAGAAAUCUUUUUUUUUUUAUUGAAGCUAUGUAACAAGCCUAAUUCCAGGACAUGUGUGCACACAAUAUACAUGUUUUAAUUUAACUGACAGACCUGCAAGUGCUACAAAUGAAACAUGGAAAUUGGAUUUAUAGAAAGCUGGUAUUCUUAAAUGUAAGAUGUGUAAAGUACAUGGGAAUUAAAGUACAUUGGUUGGGGAGCAAUCUGUAGAUGACAGGCUGUUUCUCUUUAUGUUGCUAGUCAAUUUCUGCCCCUUAUAUGCCCAUGGAAGAACUGUGAUGUGGAAAAAUUGUUUUAUACUUUAAUUUGCUUUUAGUUCAUAUUAAUGCUCAUACACUUAUAGCAGACUUGCAAAAAUCUCCUUGUUGGGGUCAAGUACUUUUCAUUGAUGAGUGAAAUGUUUACUAUAAAGAUAGGCAAGUAGAUAUUGUGCCUAAGCUAGUAAACUUGUGAAGGUUUUGCAAAGAGGAUUUAACAGGAUCUGGUAGGAUCACAGUUUCUGCAGCCAUUCGUCUGCUUCUGCUCCAGUUACAGUGUAAUUGACUGACAGGAGUUACCUCAAUGCAGGGGAGAAGCAGCUGUUUCUUCAUAGAAACAUCUUGUGCAAUUUGAGCACAAAAAAGCCACUAUCGUUUGUGCUGAUUUUUGUGGUGAUUUCAAAAGAGCAUUUUGGAACAGAUUUACUUCUCCCAAAGAUUAUUUAAACACCCUGCCUGCUGUGUCUACAUGACUAGUGGAAAUGUAUUUCCCAAAAGUUUUUUAUAAGAUUGUGCAUUAUCUUCAGUCAAUGUGAAAAUAUAUAGUAAGUACAUAGGGGAAAAUUAUGUUUUAAAAUUUACUCGAUUACUUUAUUUCUGGCUUCACUCACAUUUAAAUCCUAAAUUUUUUAUUUCUUAAAUGAGAAUCAGUCAUUCAGACAACCACAGUUUUAUUAAGUGGUACCUCACUCCAGGCACGUGAUGAUAAAAUGUAUCCACUAGGAUGUUGGAAAUCAUCCAUGCAUCUCACAACAGACCCAAAGCCUUUGGUUUUUCGUACUAUUACCACAUACUUUGUCAUUAUAUUCCAUAAACUUACAUUUUUAAAUAUGUCUGUUUCAGAGAGAGUGUCACUUGCUUUAUGUAAACCAGGAUAACAGUUAUGAAUGUCAGUCUACAUGCCAAUACAGUAAUUAACAACAUUUCAAGUUAGGAUCCCUAAUAUUUUUCUCUGUGAAACUUAUGAACGAGCGAGCAAAUGAACCCAUUUGAAGUAGAAUGCUUUUGGAAUGUCCAUAUUGUAUUUAAGAAAUAAUCUGCAAUAUUGAAUGUGUAGUUUAAUUCCAUGCAGGGGGGGACAAAACAUGCUGCUUCAAUUUGUAUUACUCUUACAUCAUUGCAGAGCAUACCGGUGUGUAAACUGCCUAUGCCACACUUCUCACUGUAUUACAAAUGUCAAGAAUAACUUGUUUAUUUUAAGAUCUUAAACAGGCAAGGGUGGUCCUGGUUGUUCUGUCUUAGUGUGACAACCCUACCACAGCACAUAUACUCUAUUUUUCUAGUUUCUGAGGUUUAACUAUUUGUUUGACACAUUAAUGUUAAUUCAGUCAACAUCAGUACCAUCCAUUUUAAUUUGUAUACAUUAUCUUUUAUAAUUUAAUAUAUUUGAGUCUCAGUCUAAAUAGACUAUUUUGCAAUAACUAGAAUAAGAUUUACAUUUCUUUUAUUCAGAGUUAAUUUCUUAACAAUUUAUAAUCAAAGAUGCAGAAUGGCUGUUAUAUAAGGGACCAUCAAAUGUGAUUUUAAGCUUUUUGUUCACUAUUAGGGAUGUAAUCCUUAUAAAUUUAAUUUUGUAAAGUAGUGUAUAAUAUUGUAAUAUUAAAUCCUUGUUUUUCUGAAACUCAGACACAGAUCUUCAGCAUGAAGUUAUAAAUCUUGCCCCUUCUGAAUCUGAGACAGGAUUUACUUGUCCUCCUUUUUACAGUUUGUAAUUUUCACUGUUUUAUUCCUGUAAAAAGUCAUUUGUAACACAUGCAAAUGCUUAUUUUAUCUGUGCUAAUUUAAAAGAUUUGGCUACUCAAUAAAACUAAUUGAAAGUG